UUGCCGGGGGCUUUGGAGGAGCCCCUGCCCCGGAGCUGCCGGCGGCUGCGCCAGAGCCCUGAGCGCUGCCUCUGCCUCCCCUUCCCCGGGCAGCGGCGGCGGGGCGCGGAGCGGAGGCGCCCCCCCGGCAGGUACCGAGCCGUGCCGCACCCUCCUCCUCCUCCUCUGCCUCCCCUCGGGCCCCUCUGUCCGUGUACCCCCGUCGGUGCCGCUGGGGCGGGGGUCGGAGCCGCUUCUCAGGGGCGGGCGCCGAACACCUGCGGAGGCUCCUGUGAGGGCCGGGCCGAGGGCUCUGAGCGCGGCCCCGCGGCGGCCUCGGCGCUCGGACUUCGGCCGCAGGACGCGCCGCUGGACACGGAGCGUGUCGGCUCUCCUGGCUGCCCGGCUAAUGGCACGCCGUGUUCCGGGCCCCGUCUUCUUGUGCUAGUAAUGUAAAGCCAUUGGAUGGUGUGAAAAUUCUUGAUUUAACAAGGGUUCUUGCUGGACCAUUUGCCACAAUGAAUUUGGGAGAUCUAGGGGCUGAAGUUAUCAAAGUGGAAAGACCAGGAGCUGGUGAUGACACAAGAGCCUGGGGCCCACCUUUUGCUGGGACAGAAAGUAUUUAUUUUCUCAGUGUCAAUAGAAAUAAAAAGAGUAUAGCUAUCAACAUGAAGGAUUCAAAAGGAGUAAAGGUAAUCAAAGAGCUUGCAGCGGCAUCUGAUGUUUUUGUGGAAAACUUUGUCCCUGGGAAGCUGGCUAAAAUGGGUCUAGGUUAUGAAGACAUUAAAAAGAUUGCUCCUCACAUAGUGUACUGUUCAAUAACAGGUUAUGGUCAGACUGGUCCAGUGGUUCAAAGAGGUGGAUAUGACUCCAUUGCUGCUGCUGUUUCUGGUCUCAUGCAUAUCACAGGGCAUGAGGAUGGUGAGCCAGUUAGAUCAGGAGUGGCAAUGACAGACCUUGCUACUGGGUUGUAUACAUAUGGAGCAAUUAUGGCUGGUUUACUUCAGAGGUAUAAGACAGGAAAAGGACUACACAUUGACUGCAAUCUCCUGUCAACUCAGGUUGCAUGUCUCACUCAUGUAGCAGCAAAUUACCUUAAUUGCAAAAUUGAAGCAAAACGCUGGGGUACUGCUCAUGGGAGUAUUGUUCCAUAUCAGGCAUUUAAGACCAAGGAUGGUUACAUUGUGGUGGGAGCUGGAAAUGAUCAUCAGUUUGUCACUGUGUGCAAGAUCCUGAAUUUGCCUGAAGUUAGUAAAGAUUCCAGAUACAAAACUAAUACACUCAGAGUCCAGAACAGAAAAGAACUUAUUGACAUAUUAUCAACCCGGUUUUCAGAAAAAGCGACGAUCGAGUGGUUGCAGCUCUUUGAGGGGAGUGGGGUUCCCUACGGCCCAAUCAACAACAUGCAGCAAGUGUUCUCAGAUCCUCAGGUACUGCACAAUGGACUUGUGAUGGAAAUGAAUCAUCCAACAGCUGGGAAGAUAGCUGUUCCAGGACCAGGUGUCAGAUACAGUGAAUUUGCUAUGUCACAUCCAAAACCACCUCCACUUGUUGGACAACACACAGUGGAGAUACUGAAGAGCGUGCUGGGGUACGAGGAUGACGCUAUAGAAGAACUGCUUUGCACUGGUGCUGUGGCUCAGCAUGAGGUCAGAUAAGGAACAUUAGCUACAUUCCUUCACACUGAGUUCACAUUACUUUGUCCUCUCUUUGCUCCCUCCAGUUUCCCUAAUGGGACUCAAAGAGAAGACAUAAUUUAAUUCCUAAUUUUCUUCCACGUGUGUUUGUAUGAUUUUAACACUGCU